GACAUGGGUGUUGGUUGUUGGCGUUUAAGUUAUUGAAAUGUGAAGUCACACGGUGCGCCCGCUUCUUGGUUCUUGUAAUCCACAGACUAUAAAUUAUAGCAAGUUAAUAAUGCAAAAAUAAAAUAUACUUAUUUACUACAAUUUAUUUUAAAACAAAAAGUACUACAUAGUUAUUGUUCACAUAUAACUUGCAAUUAUUACUGUUGUUUGCAAAAGAAAAUUAAGGAAUAUUCCAAACAGUUGAUGUUUUUUAGAUAUACAUAAUCGUACCGGUACAUUAUAGUAAUAACUGGUGAUGUAUUAGUCUUUUUCUUUAUUACAGCCUGAAGGCGGCUACCUUUUGAAAUGCGCGAACCUUCUAGAAAUGUCCUGGACAUUACAGAAUAAGUGGUCGCCGAUUGCGCCGUUCCACCAUCGUAUGAAGUUCGAAAUUGAAUAUAUGGAUGAGUCUUAUAUCAAAAUCAUUACCCAAGCUCACCGUCAACUGUCCAAUCCAGCGAUAGAUACAGACGAGCGAACGUUACUGCUAUCCAAAAUAAUAUCUACAUGUUUAGAAGCUCAGGGUCCUACGCAGGAGUUGUACGAAAGCAUGUCUUCAGACCCUGAAACAGCUAUGUCUUUGAAAAAUAGACGAAUGACGUUAGACAAAGAGCUUGAAGCGCCGGUGCACACUAAAAAUAAAGACACAGAAAUCAUGGCCCCACCAAAAUCGUUGCCGAAGAAAACUAAACCUAAGGGCAAAGAAAACGUAGUCGAAAACGCUAAAGCGAAAAGACCCAGUGAAGAGAAUGUCAACAAAACAAAAAAAACUUACAAUGACAGUGAACUUUCUAAAAAGCAUGAAAUGAAAUCUCCUAACGAAGUUAUUAAAGAAAAACUUGUAAAUAAGGAAAAAAGUGUUGUUGUAAAUCUUAAUAAAGAAGGAACAAAAACUAAUGUAAGCAAAGUCGAUAAAUUAAACACUAAUAAUGUUAACAAAGACAGUACUAAUACUGGAGAAGCAAACCCUAAAAGUAAAGAGGAAAACACUAAAACUAAAGAAGCAAAUACUACAACUAAAGAAGCAAACACUAAAAAUAAAGAAGCAAACACUAAAACUAAAGAAGCAAAUGCUAAAACUAAAGAAGCAAAUGCUAAAUCUAAGGAAGCAAAUAUUAAAACUAAGGUAUCAAAUACUAAAACUAAAGAAGCAAGUACUAAAACUAAAGAAUUAAUGGAUAUUGAUGCUAUGAAAAGUACUGAACAGAAUGUAAUUACUAAGAGUGCAAAAAAUAAAACAACACCAGAAACUAAUACAUCUAAUAACACGAGCAUAAAAGGUACCGCAAUUACUAAAAUUAAUAAGGCAGAUUCUGGUAAAAAGCUUUCCCAAAACGAACCAAACACAGACAAUAUAGAAAAAGCAAAUAAAGAAAUAAACCAUGAAAAGCAGCCUAUGAAAUCUAAUAACAAGAAUAAAGAAAAAGUGGAAAAUAUGAAUCUUAAAGAUAAACCUAUCAACUCAAAUUCUGCUAAAACAGUAAAAAAACUAAAUACUGAAAACAAAGACAAUGCUAAAACUAAACCAUCAAAGAUACAUGCUAUUCCGAAUUCUGACAAAAUUGAAAAAAAUCAAGUUAAAACUGUUUUUCCCAAUAACAAACAAGUGAAUAAUGUGCAACAUGAACAUAUAAAAAAUAAGCCACAAACAAAGGAUGUUGAAAAAGCUAAAACUGUAAGCAGUAAAACCAAAGUUCCAAAUAAACUUAUGACGUAUAAUGACAAAGAAAAUAAAGAGACUACUAAAAAAAUCAAAGAAAAAACUAAUAAUGAAGUCGAGAAAGUAGUCGAAAAAAAUAAAAAUGUCGCCAAUCUCAAAAGAAAGAGCAACUUAGCUGAGCUACAUGAUAAAGGUGACGAUAACAAUGAACAAAAUGUUGCCUCUGCAAAAAAGCCAAAAUUAUCUAAACCUGAAAUAGCCAAAAACGUGACUAAUAAUAAAUCGGAUAAACCUGAAGCAACAGUAAGUAAUUCAAAAAAGGCACAAGAUAUUAUUAAACCACAAAAUAAAAUGAUCAACAAGUUCACUGUCAAUAAUCUAAAAAAUAAAACUGGUAGCAUCAAAACAUUAAAAACUGGCAACAUUCAAAGAGUUUUUAACGCUAGCAACAUGUCAAGGCAAAGUUCGGAGAAAGCUUCUAAAAUACCGCAAAAGAAGUCAUUGAAUUCUGAAUCUAAGUUGAAGAAAAACCCUCUAAGAAUUAGUCCAAGUAAGUGAUUUAUAUUGAUAAAUCUAUGACAAGGUAUAAAGAUUGUCACUUUAAUUCAAAAUUAAGUCAACAGGAACCUAAAUCAAAAGUUUUAAUAACCUAUUUCAUAAUUUAUAUAAAGGAAUUAUGCAAGUCAAACGACUUGGAUAUAUUUUACUGUAUUAUGUAAAGGGCCAGGUGAUUGAUGAUCAACAAUUUUUUUUUUGUUGAAUCUUAUUGAACAUGCGUUAGCAUUUGUAUUACAAAUAUUUUAUUUCACUCAAAAAUUAUUGUACUUUUCCUGUGGCAAUUAUGUUCAUGCGUUAUAAUUUUCUACUCUUCGACAAAAGUUUUAAUAAUCUAUUUCAUAAUUUAUAUAAAGAAAUUAUGCAAGUCAAAUGACUUGGAUAUAUUUUACUGUAUUAUGUAAAGGGCCAGGUGAUUGAUGAUCAACAAUAUUUUUUUUUGUUGAAUCUUAUUGAACAUGCAUUAGCAUUUGUAUUACAAAUAUUUCAUUUCACUCAAAAAUUAUUGUUCUUUUUAGUAUAAUUUUCUACUCUUCGAUAUGUCCUCUCUAAUUGUUAAUCAUUGUUGUUGCUAACUGUGGAAACCUUUUAUUGCCCAUCCGAGAUAUAAUUUAAAGUCUACAUAUAAAUAUCAUGUGCUGUUGGCAUUCCCGAAAGCUCGCGAUCAAAUGUAUAUCAAAAUUGUGGCCUAUACAUGGUGUAACACUAAGAAUAUAUCUUUGUAUUUGUUAUAGUAUCAAAGUUUCCCAGACUGAUGAUUCUUAAUGUAUACCGUAUAUUAGAAAGCGAGCGUCGAGCUUUCUGACUAAAAAGUCGCAAGUUC